AUGUGGACAAUUAAUGAUUUCCCCGCCUAUGGAAACUUAUCUGGUUGUGUUGUUAAAGGAUAUAAAGCUUGUCCAAUAUGCGGCGAUGAUACACCUAGUCACAGGUUGAAAAAUGGCCACAAAAUUUGUUACAUUGGGCAUAGAAAAUGGUUACCGAUCAAUCAUCCAUAUAGGAGGCAACGUGCAGCUUUUAAUGGGAAACCUGAAUAUGGCACGCCUCCUGAGCCAUUAACCGGAGAAGAAGUGCUGCAUAUGGUUGAAGAUGGUGACAGAGUUUGUUGGAAGAAGAAAUCAAUAUUCUUUGAUCUCGAGUAUUGGAAAUACCUUCCUGUGAGGCAUGUCCUAGAUGUUAUGCACAUUGAGAAGAAUGUUUGCGAUAGUAUCAUUGGUACAUUGCUGGAGAUCCCUGGAAAAAAUAAAGAUGGGAUUGCUGCUCGAUUAGAUUUAUUGAACAUGGGGUCAAAACUGAUUUGCAACCCGAGUAUGGAGAAAGACGUACUCGUUUGCCUCCCGGGCCUUGGAAUUUGUCAAGAGCAGAGAAGAGAGAGACUUCUUGGCCUUAAAUCACAUGAUUGUCAUACCUUAAUGCAACAAUUGCUCCCUGUGGCAAUUCGUUCUGUUUUGGAGAAGCCUCCAAGAUAUAUGAAAGUGCUAAAGGGGUAUGUUCAGAAUCGUACUCGUCCCGAAGGUUGCAUUGCUGAGCGGUAUAUAGCUGAAGAAGCUGUAGAGUUUUGUACCGAGCAUUUAUCUGAUGUUAGUACAGUUGGAGUGCCUUCAAGCCAAAAGAUGGGAGUUUCAAAGCCAUUAUCAGGUUGCACAGUGAGCGUAGUUGAUCGGGACCUGUUGAACCAAGCACAUCUAUAUGUCUUGGAGAAUACGGAGGAAGUCCUACCUUAUAUCGAGCAACAUAUGAUCCACAUCAAGACCGCUUAUCCAAAAUUUAGAAAGAGAACAAAGUGGCUGCAGGAUAAGCACAAUAGCACUUUCAUUCAAUGGCUACGCUUCAAGGUUCAAAGUGAACUUAAUGAGGAAGACAAUCAUGGCGUAUCAGAAAAUUUAAGGUGGCUAGCAGCUGGUCCAAACAUGGCAGUGCCAUUAUAUAGGAGCUAUCUCAUUAAAGGUAUUAAAUUCAACAUCAAGGCACAAGAUGAUGUGCGGACAACUCAAAAUAGUGGAGUUUAUUUACUUGCACAUACUAUGCAAGUUGCUAGUGCCAAGGAUAAAAACCCAAUUCUCUCAAAUAUGGGUUUCUAUGGUGUCAUUCAAGAAAUUUGGGACCUUGACUACCAAAAGUUUACAAUCCCAGUCUUUAGGUGUGAUUGGAUUGAUAAUACUUCUGGUCUUGUAGUGGACGAACUUGGAUUUACCCUUGUAGAUUUGAGUAAAAUUGGACAUAGGAAUGACCAAUUUGUUUUGGCUUCUCAAGUCAAACAAGUAUUUUUUGUUGACGACCCGAUGCAUCGUGGUUGGUCGGUAGUGUUAUCAAUGCCUAAUAGAGAAUAUAAUGAUGUUAUUGGUGAUGAUGUCUUAGGUGAUGUGAGAAUUGAGUGUGAGCCAUUUACUAGGGGAUGCCAAAUGUUGACACAUUUGAUGAAGUGGUGGUUGAGUUAG